AUGUUUGCAUUUGCGAACCUUGGAUUUUCUGCUGAAGAUCGCAUUUGCGAUGGGGGCUUCGCAUUUGCAAAGGUUGACUGUCUGAUUGGCAUACUAGUUAUAAAGAGUUCGUUGUUGGAUUGUGUUGACGACUUGAGAGAUCCAGAGUUCAAAGAGGAUGACUGUGUAUUCUUGAAACUUUCCCCCAUGAAAGGCAUAAUGCGAUUUGGAAAGAGAGGGAAAUUGAGUCCAAGGUAUAUCGAACCUUAUAGAAUUUUGCAGAAGGUUGGUCAAGUGGCCUAUAGUCUCGAGUUACCUCCCGAGUUAUCCUUAGUGCACCCAGUAUUUCACGUUUCCAUGUUGAAGAAGGUGGUUAGAGAUCUGUCGCUCAUCGUCCCUGUGGAGGCUAUUGAAUUUAAUGAAGAGGUUCAUGUUUCCAUCCUUGAUAGGCAAGUUCGUAAGUUGAGGAAUAAGGAUAUUACCUCUGUCAAAGUGUUAUGGCGAAACCAACAAACUGAAGAAGCCACCUGGGAGGCAGAGGAAGAUACGAAGAAGAAAUACCCCUAUUUGUUUGUAAAGACAGUUGGUCAUGUUUAA